GAGAGACAGAGAGAGAGAGAGAGAGAGCCAGAGAGAAAGAGAGAAAGGCAGAGAGAGAGAGGGAGAGGACACAACCUUAAGGCAACAAACCCAGCUCCAGGUUUUGAGAAUCUUCAGAGAGCUGUGAUCGUCCUCCUCUCUGGCCUCUCACACAGGAGAUCGAUGCACUUUGAGUCUCUGGGCAGUUAACCACCCAAUUCCAGCCGGGCUGUCCACAGGCUUCACCCUGCGACCAUUCGCUGCAAAGUGCCACAAGGCAGCGGGAACAGGUCCUGGGAGAGACGCUGUCAGCGCCCGCUGGACAGCGCGGGGAAACUGGUGACACCUCGGGAGCACAGUCCGACCAACAGUCGACACUGAGCCAAAGAAGAAGAGUUUAGGACAAUUCGCAAACACAGGAUGAAGGAGCUUUAAGCAACAUUGCAAAGGAAGACAGAGAGAUGGAGGGAUUUUGGGAAGGGUUUAGGGCCUAGCUAGCUGACUGCUAUCUCUCUAUUGACCAUCAAGAGAUUGGGAACAGCCACAGAAUUUGGCUACUUUCUUGUGUGAACUGUCCUGAUCUUGCGAGGUUAAGGAGAAUUAAUUAGUUGCUUCACGUUUUUGAAGAAACCCACCAUAUCAAUUGGCCUGAAGGCCUCAGGCUUUUGACGUGGGCCUCAUUCAGGCCAACUGGGGGACAGCCGGCCAUGAAGGCAGCUGGGUCUUCCGAGUUACUUGACAGUGAGUCAGAAAAGGUGGAUCUAGAAUGUUCCAUCUGCUGCCAUGAUUACAACUGGACCGACAAGUGUCCCCGGGAGUUGGAAUGUCUCCACACUUUCUGUACCGAGUGCCUCACCAAAAUGGAGGGGCAACUUCCCAACGCGGGCCGCCACAUCUCUUGCCCUCUCUGCAGGCACUCCACCGAGCUCACGGCUUCGGGGGCCCUGGGCCUACCCCGCCAGGAGGAGAUUCUCUCCGAGAUUCUCUCCCUGCAGCCGGGAGAGCAUGGCGGCUCCUCAGCUACCCUGAGCCAGCAGCUGAUCCUGACCCUGGACUCGGGAGAGACCACCGUCAUCAUGCUGCCCACGGUCAGCCUGAGCGUGGAGCGGGGGGAUGGGCAGCGGGCUUCCAGGGCCUGGAAUCUCCGAGAGCAUUCGCUCGUCCGCCAGAACCAGAAACAGCAGGCCGCGGUGUGCCUGAGGAAGGCCUCCUGGAGGGUGGCCACUCUCCUGAUCCUGUUCUGCAUUGCUGCUUUCGUGCUUGGCCCACGACUCUUUUAGCCUACCACGGUGCCCCAGAGAGUGCCCCCUCAUCCGGUACAGGUGGAGGUGGGCAAAACUCCCUCAGGGAACAGUAACGUUCAACCUCACGAGCGGUCAGGAGACUUCUCCUCGCCCUCUCCAUCGCACCCCAUCGGUAUCACCUUUGGGAUAUAACCAAACCUGGUCUUCCAUCCUCCGCCCAUCUCCUCUGGUGGCUAUUCAUGCCAAACAAUACGCCAAGUUUGUCAUUUCCUCCACUCACUAACCCCCAGGCUAACCAACCUUCUCCUCUCUCUCUCUCUCUCCUCCCUUGACUCUCUAUCUCUCUUUUUCUCUCUCUCUCUCACACAGUCUUUCUUUCCCAUUCCGCUCAAUUUCAUCCCCCUCCUCGUACACUCUUCCCUCCUUUUCUCAUCUGCUUUACCUAUUUCCAUCUCCCAGCUGUGGUUUCGACUGAGGUGAGGUCAGUUCCAGGAGGGCGUGUGAGAGAGAGAGAGAGAGAGAGACUUCCUGAGGUGGGUGACGCCGUACCAAACCCGUACCACCUCUGGACCUCCCCCAGAAUGAGAUUCUGGGAAGGAUGGGUGACCAUUGACGUCCCGGCCUCACAGCCUGUUGGAGGCCUGGUCCAUGACCGUGUGAUUGGCCUCGUACUGUCCCUGUUGAGCCCAGACCAGUUUUGGGGGCCUGUGACCAGGGGUUGAGCAGGGCAGCUGAUCACCUCGCGGCCAUGUCAGGGAGCAGAGGAAUCCUCAAUCAGAGGCUGGGGUCCUUCGCUCCUGCCCUCCCUUCUCCCACAGCAGGAAACGGUCAAUCAGUGACCUUUGCCCCUCGUGCUCCGCUCUGCAGUUGCCCCUGGGGUAGUCAUGGCUUUCCCGAUUGGCCGUUGGCCAUUGCUCUCCAGGAGUUCCCUAGCCGGGAGGCGGCUCCAGAACCUGUAACCCUGACGAUCAGCACCCCCCUCCCACUCCUCAACACGUUCCCCCUGAAAUGGGAACCACUGCCUAACAACACACAUCCCCAGCCCCUUCUGAAACGGACUGCCCCAAACAGGAGACCCUCCAACACGAAACCAUGCGCUCCCCCAUUUCACACAGGACCCUACUGAAACAGGGUUCCCCUCAACAUGAAGCCUGCUCUCCCCCCCCC